CUUCAUCCCGGGGCAUUCAAAACCGCUCUGUACCGCCAAUUCACCACCACACCGGCUUAUCAUGCCGCCAUCAACACCCUCCGUAGGGGCAAUCCGUCUCUUACGGCACUUCGUAACCCUCCCAUCCCACUUUUCCUCGCCACUAUCCACCUCCGCCAAGCGCACCUUUUCAUUGCUCUGCCGAACACCGCAAACCACACCUACCCUGGCCGCAGUCACCCUCCGCAAACCUAUCUCCCACCAAAACAUAAGCGGCCCAUCCACCCUCUCAUCACAAGCGCGCAAAUUCUCUAGCACGCCCCGCCACAAUGCCACAUUGAACCAGGUCCGCAGGGGUUGUCGGAAGGGCAAGCGCGUGCGGAAGACCACCUCUCCCGCACUGGUGGGCCGGCCACAGAUGAAAGGCGUGUGUCUGAAGACAGGAAUCACGAAGCCGAAGAAACCCAAUUCCGGAGAGCGCAAGACGGCGAGAAUCCGGUUGACGAAUGGCGCGGUUGUUACGGGGUAUAUUCCCGGUGAAGGGCACAAUAUCCAACAGCACAGCGUUGUGUUGAUUAGAGGCGGCCGGGCACAGGAUUGUCCUGGCGUGCGAUACCAUCUUGUCCGUGGAGCGUUGGAUUUGACUGGCGUUGGUAACCGAAUCACCAGCCGCUCAAAGUACGGGACGAAGAAGCCGAAGAGUGCGUAAUGCUGCUAGGGUAGAUAGGUGAGAGGACGUGACACUAGAAGUUGGAAGGGAGGAAGGGAGGAGCGGAAACUUUUGUUUUGAUCUUAUUCCGGCUGGAUUUCGUUGCUAUUCUUUGUCAUGUGCGAUCAUCUCAUCAUGUAUUCUGCCAUAAAUUUGGAUUCGUUAACCUAAACUCGAUACACUGUACAUUAUUCUAUUUUAUUUUCUUUGCACCACUUCUGAGAUCGAUGAAAAGUGCAUGUAUAGUUGUUUCGGUCACAAUUUUUGGCCUUUCGCCAUUUACUCUGGUUGCUAGUUACCCAUCCCUGAAAUUCGGGUAAUACGCGAAAGGGAAAGCAGAAAAAUUGCAUUAUAAAAUGGUUUCAAAUAACGAUCUCCCCUUUCCUUAAUUUGCUAUUCCUAAUCACACCAGACACCUACCCCCCCAAGAUAUGAAAAGACACAAAUCGUCAUGGCAAAAAGCAAAGCAGCCGUCCCACUAAUAAAUACAAAAUAUCAUCACUUGUCAUGGCCUUC